AUGCAGUUAUCCGCAUUCCUGCAUUUUCUAAUCAAGGUCUGUAACGCAUUUACUGGGGUUUUCUAUCUUUUCUCGCCCAAAGAGUGGACGAUGGCUUUAAGUGGGGAUUGUGCUGCUCUCACUCCGUAUGGAUACCUAUCGGAAACGCAGUAUGAUCCCAGUCAGCCUGGCCAGUUUACAUCCGUCCUCGUGGCCAAUCUUCACGACCUGUUGUAUGAUCACGGAGCAUCCAACAGGAUGUCCGGCACGAUGUACGCUGCCGGUGCUGGACUAGCUAAGGAUGACAUCGCUGUUGCUUAUUCAGUAGGCAUGGUAGAUGCAAUUGCUCGCCGCAUCUGUCAUAUUGAGGAUAACAAGGACCUCAUAUACGGGGAUAGCGUCUAUCUGAUUACGUUCAGCUGGGCCCCUUUCAACACUCGCUAUCGAACAUGGGAACGUUUCAUUAAAUACACUCGGCUUUUAGAGGCCUCUACCUCUUCAGAUGCUUCCCGAGUUGUAGAAAAUUCCCGCCGUGGGAAGGUUUUGGCGGUUAGCGAUCAAGACCUUGAAACAAUUCCUGUUCGUGAAUCGUGGGAGGAAGCAAUGAAGCCAUCAUCACCAUCCAGACUCACGUCCAGAAUCACGCAAGCGUACACUCCUACUCCUAUUUCGGUUAUUUUCGAGAAAUAUGGAAUGAGCCCGCCUGGCCUCUGCUCCAAAUGCGGACCCCUGGUCCAAGCAUCUAUCAAUGCGAACAAGGAAAUCCAUGCUAUUGCUGGACUCCCUCAGAAGGUAGUCUUAUGCGACUCGGUUGGUUUGGCUGCUGGUCUGAACCAUGUGGCAACUUUGGCAGCAGCUAAGGGUAAUGAUAGCUCCUCUAGGGAGUCCUGCUGCGACGACUGUGCUUGUAAACUGGGUUCAUGGAUUGAUAAGAUGUCGUACAAGGUACUCGUCGCCAUGAUGGCAAGUGAGCCCAGGAGCACCCCGCAGGAAUGGUUGUUGGAGAAUUACCUGGUCAUUUGCGCGACAUUGUGGCCAAUCUGUGUCAUCAGCAUUCUCAGCGGGUUUGAUUUGAUUGCAGACGCCCAAUUUCAGCCGGGGGCUAUGGGAGAACGGGAUGCUGUUGACUGCUAG